CUUGGUCGUCGCAGAGUAUUAAAAAAACGUUUAAAGUCGUCUUCUCCAAAUCGUAUUUUUUUUAAUUCCCCUGUCUCUCUCAUUUGAUUUUAUUUCAGUUUCGUUUUCUUUUGUUCGGUUCUUGCGGAAAAAAUUGGUUGUUGAGUGGAUCAAAGCUUCCGACUCCUGUUCUUUGUUUUGGUGCUAGAAGAAAAGUCCAUGGAGGGCGAAGGAGAAAGACAGUGGAGCUCUCUCAUAGUACCUUCUGUUCUAGAGAUGGUGAAAGAUAAGAACUUCACUACUGUUCCUCCAAGGUAUGUUCUGUCUGAUCAAGAUAAAACAGAGAUUCUCGAUGAUUCUAGUCUGAAUUCUGAGAUUCCAGUCAUCGACAUGAAACGCUUGUGUUCUGUUUCCACCAUGGAUUCCGAGCUCAAGAAGCUCGAUUUCGCUUGUCAAGAAUGGGGAUUUUUCCAACUGGUAAAGCAUGGAAUAGACUCAUCUUUGUUGGAAAAACUAGAGACAGAGGUUCGAGAUUUCUUCAAUCUCCCCAUGGAAGAGAAGAAGAAGAAGUUUUGGCAGACAAGUGGUGAAUUUGAAGGAUUCGGACAAGUGAAUAUUGUGUCAGAGGAUCAGAAACUCGAUUGGGGAGACAUGUUCAUCCUCACCACUGAACCAAUUCGAUCACGCAAAUCUCACUUGUUCUCCAAAUUACCUCCUUCUUUCAGAGAAGCUGUAGAGGCUUACUCCUCUGAAGUGAAGAGCAUAGCUAAGAUCCUAUUUGGGAAAAUGGCGAGUAUUCUUGAGAUCAAAAGCGGAGAAAUGGAAGAUUUGUUCGAAGAUGUUUGGCAGUCUAUCAAAAUUAAUUACUACCCGCCAUGUCCACAGCCAGAUCAAGUAAUCGGUUUGACUCCACAUUCAGACGCUGCAGGUCUCACAAUACUGUUACAGGUGAAUCAAGUGGAAGGACUCCAGAUCAAGAAAGAUGGCAAGUGGGUUGUUGUAAAACCUCUUCGAAACGCUUUAGUUGUCAAUGUUGGGGAAAUCUUAGAGAUCAUAACAAACGGGAGAUACCGAAGCAUCGAGCAUAGAACAAUGGUGAAUAUAGAGAAAGAGAGGUUAUCAGUUGCAAUGUUUCAUAGUCCGGGAAAGGAGACAGUGAUUGGUCCGGCGAAAAGCCUUGUAGAAAGACAAAAGCAAAGGUUGUUCAAAAGUAUGAGCACACAAGACUACUUUGAUGCCUUCUUUGCUCAGAAACUCAAUGGCAAAUCCCAUCUUGAUCUUAUGCGUAUGUAAUCAAUCCCAUAAGCUUGGUAAUAGACCCUCGCAAAACAUGUUGUAUAACUAAAAUAAUUUUCUUCUUCUUGUUGUCAUUAAAGACAUGAUAUAAUAAUUAAUACACACGCUCUAAUUAAGGCUA